GCGAGGCCGGGCUGUAAGCGCCCAAAUAUCGACGGCUGUGGCUGAGGGUGGAGGAGGCGGCACCAGCACCUGCAGGAACCUGCAGGAGGAAGGAGCUCGUCCUGCCCGUCCUGCCAGGCCACGACGGUCACGGCACCUGUGACAGAGCUGACUGGGUGUUGCCGGGAGUCUGGUGCAACUGUGCAACUGUGGUCUCGAUCUCCUCGGUCUCUCCGGGGUCACUUGGGAAAUAUGCAGUUGAGGCCAGAUAAGGAACCCCUCCCAUCAGCACUUCAGAACCCAUCCAAACUAACAAAACAAGCUCCAUGGAAGAAUCGGAUUGUUUAAUUUAAUACAAAUAUGCAAUAUAGCAAUGUACCUGUAUAUCAAUAACAUAUAGUUCAAUACAAAUCUGUAUACAGUAUAUUAUAGUACAGUACAGUAUAUUGAUAAAGAGUAUAUAAAAUGUUUGUCAUAGGAUGUGGUUUAUGUGUAUUACUGUAUAGCAUCCAGUAAAUUGUUUGUAUAACAAUGAAAAUUUACAAACAUAGGAUAUGUGAGGAAGAAGACGCUUCAAGGAAGAAUACCGAGUAUAACAACUGCUUGGCUAAUAGUCCAAAACAAACACCAGGUGACAGUGUUGAUGUUGUUGCACCUGAACCCACGAAAAAGAACAGUCAUAAAAAUAACAGUGGUACAAUAUGCUCAGAAACAAUAGGCAAUAGUGAAGAACAAUACAGGAAAGAGAAAUCUAGUGAGAAAGAUACUCAUGGUAAUGAUGCUCAAUAUGACAGCUUAACAGAUUAUAUAGUGUCAAAUGAUAAAAUUAAGCAGGAAGUUGAUGAACAGUUAGAUGAAUCCAUAGAUGAUACAAAUUUAGUGUCCCGUUGUGGUUUAGAUAAGAGUGGGUACUCUUUAUGUUCAAAUCAAAAUAAUGGAGAUCACCUAAGUUUAAUUAGUUCUGAAAAUGAUAAAGGACCUUAUAAGAAGCCACACAAAUGUGAUCAGUGUGAAACUUCAUUUAGGACCCCUUAUGAGCUUGAGCGUCAUGGAAGAAUUCAUAGUGGUGAAAGGCCUUUCAAAUGUCAGUUGUGUGACAUGUGCUUCAAACGCAAGGAUCAUGUUGAAGUGCACAUGAGGCGACAUAUUGAAGAUAGACGACAUGUAUGUGAUAUAUGUGGCAUGUGGUUUGUAACAUCUUCGUGUUUGUUACGACACAGAAGACGAACCCACCAAGUAUUUGAUCCUCCUAGUAACACAAAGCCAAAACAUCAACAAAGCCAUUUUGAAACUGAAUAUUCAGAUGAUGCAAGAUGUGGAGUAACUGAGCAAAUAUUAUCUCUUAGUGAUAAUCAGAGUUCCCUGAACAUGGAGAGAAGUCGAAAAAAGUGCAAGAGGCCUAAGAGUAAAGCCAAAGUUGAUAGUACCUAUCGGCCUGGAGGCAAAACAGUCUGCAUUUUAAAGAAGCGUAAACUGAGGAACAGAAGUUACUCAUUUGCCGAACUAGAGGAUGAUAUAGAAUGUUUUGAAACUGAUGAGGAGGAUACAAUUCCUUACCUGAAGAUACAGACUAAGAGUAUUAAACAGGAAGAUGACAACAUGAUCACUGAAGUUUGUGAACUAGAGCAUAGUUUGUUUCCCACUGGAUUUUUUAGUCAUGCAGCCCCUCUGGAUCAUAUGCUUUUAAUGGGAGAAGUAAGCAAAUUAUUAUCAGAUAGGUCUGUUCCUGAUUUUAAAGAAAAUGAAAUUGAAGAUUGCUGUGCCAGUGAUCUUGCCGUAAAAAGUGGGUAUUCUGUAUCUAAACAGAAUGAGCAAGCUGAUGUACCAAAUCCUGGGUCGGAAAGUGAAGAAUCUGAAGUGCCACUUAUUUCCUGUGAUGUGUCUUUUGAUGAACCAGAAAAUGAAUUCAUAUCCACAGUUUCUAAAGAUUCAAAAGGUAAAAAAAAAAAAAGUAGCCAUACCCCAAGGAAUGCUAUAAGUGGCACUGGAGAUGAAAAAAAUGAAUUAUCAGUGGACACUUUGAACAAGCAUUUAAAGGAAAAUACAACUGAAAAUGACAGUAACAAAAUAUUAGAUAAAAUUGAAAAAGGAACAAGCACUGAGGAUGGUGAAAAAGGAACAAGCACUGAGGAUCAUGAUAAGGGAACAAGCAUUGAAGAUGGUGAAAAAGGCACAAACACUGAGGAUGGUGAAAAAGGAACAAGUACUGAGGAUGGUGAAAAUGGAACAGGCGCAGAGGAUGGUGAAAAAGGAAUGAGCACUGAGGAUGGUGAAAAAGGAAUAACCACUGAGGAUGGAGAAAAAGGAAUAACCACUGAGGAUGGUGAACAAGGAAUAAGCACUGAGGAUGGUGAAAUGGGAACAAGCAUUGAAGAUGGUGAAAUGGGAACAAGCAUUGAAGAUGGUGAAAAGGGAACAAGGUCCGAGGAUGGUGAAAAAGGGACAAGCAUUGAGGAUGGUGAAAAAGGGACAAGCAUUGAGGAUGGUGAAAAAGGGACAAGCAUUGAGGAUGGUGAAAAGGGGACAAGCAUUGAGGAUGGUGAAAAAGGGACAAGCAUUAAUGAUAGUGAAAAGGGGACAAGUACUGAUGAUGGUGAAAAAGGAACAAGCACUGAGGAUGGUGAAAAAGGAACAAGCACCGAGGAUGGUGAAAAAGAAAUGACCACUGAGGAUGGUGAAAAGGGAACAAGCACUGAGUAUAGUGACACAGGAACAAGCUCUAAGGGUGGUGAAAAAGGAACAAGCACCGAGGAUGGUGAAAAAGGAAUAACCACUGAGGAUGGUGAAAAGGGAACAAGCACUGAGUAUAGUGACAAAGGAACAAGCUUUGAGGGUGGUGAAACAGGAACAACCACUGAGGAUGGUGAAAAAAGAAUGAGUACUGAGGAUGAUGAAAGAGGAACAAGCACUCAGGAUUAUAAUUCUGUUGAAUCUGAUAAAAUACAAGUGGUAGAGGAAGAACAUGCACUUGAAAAUAAUGAGCAGUACAGUCAGUUGCUGAAAAUUAUAUGUCAAUCUCUGACAAACAGAAGCCAAGCUGGUGGAAUUGUUCCUAGUGAACAUUUUCAAGACAGUACAUCAGCUCUGACAGAGAGUCAGAUCUCAGGUUGUCUUACUCAGUCUGUAGUUUCAAGAAGUAGGAGGAGCAUAUGGCAAAAUUAUAACUUUAGGAAGAAAUCUUUCAAUAACAGGAGAUUUUUAUAUAUGCGAGGUUUUAAAGAGGACCCUGAAAAAAUGAAUCCAUACAAGAAGCCUCAUAAAUGUCAUUUAUGUGAUUUGUACUUUCGGUCUCCUUCAGAACUCAAGCGGCAUGCUAGAAUUCAUAGUGGUGAGAGGCCCUAUCUUUGUGAAUUAUGUGGUUCUGGGUUUAUACGAAAAUGUCAUCUGCAGUUGCAUGUGCGUAGACAUACUGGUGAAAGACGUCAUGCAUGCAGAGAAUGUGGAAUGAAGUUUUUUACUACUUCAGAUCUCAACAGGCACAUGCUAAUUCAUAAAACUAACAAGCCGUUCAAGUGUCAUAUAUGCACUGUAACAUACAGGAGAGCUUCACAUUUAGAGCAGCACAUUCGAAACCAUGUUAAUGCAACUCCAUUCAUGUGUCAUCUUUGUGGCACAUUUUUUACAACAUCUGCAUCACUCAAAAAACACGAAAAACACCAUUUUAGCAUAGACCCAUAUUCCUGUUCAGAUUGCAGUGCAUCUUUCACCACUUCUACUUCUCUCUCCAAACAUCGACGUGUACAUACUGACCCUCAUUAUAAUUUCUUGAAAAUCUGCCUCAAAGGAAUGAAAAUUAGUGACCAGUAUGAAUGCAUUUCAUCAGAAGGAUCACCACUCUCCCUUGUUAUCAGACGAGUGGCAGGUCGGGCACAUUUAAAAAUACCUGAAGUAGAAACUUGUGUUAAUGACAACUUUAACACUAAAGAUGUAAAUGAAGAUGACAUUACUAAGCAGUAUAUUUCAGGAUGGGAGUCUCAUGAUCGUUUUCAUAAAAAGAGUCCUUUGCAAAAUGGAAGCAAUUGGAGUAUUUUGGAAAAGCAGGUAAGAAAUGCAGGAGAAGACAUACCUGUGAAGAGUAGUGGUCUUCAUGAUGAGGGUAAUAGUCUUCAUGAUGAGGGUAAUGGGCUUCAUGAUGAGGGUAAUGGGCUUCAUGAUGAGGGUAAUGGGCUUCAUGAUGAGGGUAAUGGUCUUCAUGAUGAGGGUAAUAGUCUUCAUGAUGAGGGUAAUGGGCUUCAUGAUGAGGGUAAUGGUCUUCAUGAUGAGGGUAAUGGUCUUCAUGAUGAGGGUAAUGGUCUUCAUGAUGAGGUUAAUGGUCAUCGUGAAAAGGGUAAUGUCCUUUGUGAAAAAGAUAAUCGUGCACAUGAAGAAGAUAAUCAUGUAUGUGAAAAAGAUAAUCGUGCACAUGAAGAAGAUAAUAAUGUAUGUGAAAAAGAUAAUCGUGCACGUGAAGAAGAUAAUCAUGUAUGUGAAAAAGAUAAUCGUGCACGUGAAGAAGAUAAUCAUGUAUGUGAAAAAGAUAAUCGUGCAUGUGAAGAAGAUAAUCAUGUAUGUGAAAAGAAUAAUGGUGUUCAUGAAGAGGGCAAUAAUCUUUGUGGAAAGGAGGAGGAGGAUAUAUGUGAAGAGGAUAAUGGUAUGUAUGAAAAGGCUAAUGGUAUGUAUGAAAAGGCUAAUGGUCUUUGUAAAAAGGAUAAUCAUCUUUAUGAAAAGUGUAAUGAUCUUUAUGAAGUGGGUAAGAAGCUUCAUGAAGACUGCAAUAGUCUUCCUGAAGAACACAGUCGUCUUCAUAAAGAGCAUAAAGAUGUGCAUGAAGACCAUAAUAAUCUUCAAGAAGAGUGCAGUGUUCUUCAUGACGAUUGUAAGGAUGUUCAUAAAGAUCACAAUGGAGUUAAUGAAGAGUGCAGUAGUCUUCAUGAAGAGCAUAAGUGUGUUGAUGAAGAGCAUAAUGGUCUUCAUGAGGAGCGGAAAGAUAUUCUUGGAGAGCGUAAUGUUCUUCAUGAAGAACAUACGGCUGUUCAUAAAGAGCAUAACGGUGUUAGUAAAGAGUGCAAUGGUAUUCUUGAAAAGCAUAAUGAUGAUCAUGAAGAGUCCAGUGGUCUUCGUGGAAAAUGCAAUGGUCUUCAUAUAGAAUGUAAUGAUUUUCAUGAAGAGCAAGAUGGUCUUCAUGAAGAGGGUAAUGAUCUUCAUGUAGAGCAAGAUGGUCUUCAUGAAGAGGGUAAUGAUCUUCAUGAAGCAGGUAAUGAUCUUCGUGUAGAGCAAGAUGGUCUUCAUGUACAGCAAGAUAGUUUUCAUGAAGAGGGUGAUGCUCAUGUAGAGCAAGAUGGUCUUCAUGUAGAGCAAGAUGGUCUUCAUGAAGAGGGUAAUGAUCUUCAAGAAGCAGGUAAUGAUCUUCAUGUACGGCAAGAUGGUCUUCAUGAAGAGGGUAAUGAUCUUCAAGAAGCAGGUAAUGAUCUUCAUGUAGAGCAAGAUAGUCUUCAUGAAGAGGGUGAUGAUCAUGUAGAGCAAGAUGGUCUUCAUGAAGAGAGUAAUGGUCUUCAUGUAGAGCAAGAUGGUCUUCAUGAAGAGAGUAAUGGUCUUCAUGAAAAGAGUAAUCACUUUGCAAAUGAAGAUGAUGCUUGUUUGACAAAGGAAAGAUACAUUAACAAUGGUAUUGAUGUUUCCAUGAAGGAUAACAAACCAUUUGAUUUUGAGCAUGAUAUUAAAUCUACUUAUGAUAAGACGGGAGAUACAUGUCCAUUAAUAAAAUUAAGCACUCCAGGGAAAAGCUACACUAACAAUGAGAAAAAUAUACAAUCGCAAGACUGCCAAACUGAAAAAGUUAUAAAUAAAGCUCUUCUAAAUACUGUCAAUUGCACUGAAGUUUUAACAAAGACUGUCACACAAAAUGCAGGAAAUUCUCCCAUAGAGGAAUUUACCACAUUUGGUUCAUGUAUGUUACAAGCUAUGAUAGAUAAUAAUAUUAAUAAUGCUUCUUGCAGUAAACUGGCAAGGAAAUGUAUUCCAAAUGAGGAAAAUUAUUUUGUACCAAAUAACAUGAUUAAAAGCUCUGAUAGAAAAAGUAUCAUCUAUAACGAAGAUGUAGAUUCCACAUAUUUCGAUGGGGAUACGAGAAGCAUGCCUGAAACUAUAAACUGUCAGGAAGCUGGUGCAGAGAUGAGCAGGGCAAGUAAUUUGUUGUUGUUAAAAAAUAAUGUUUUUUUGACAGAAAAAAAAGAAGUCUGUAUGUACAAAAAUAAUGCACAAAAUAAGAAAGAAUUGCAUAAUAUGGAUGCUAUUCUUAAGAGUCAGGGGAAGACAUCUUCUUUAAUGAACAUUUAUUCUAAAGGGGAUUGCCUUGUUAAGGAGAUUGAAACAGUAUAUCAAGAUGUAGAAUUUAAUAUGGAUGACAUAAGCAGAACAAGUGAGGAAAUAUCACCCCAAUAUUCAUGUGUUCAAUCUAUUAAAAACAGAAAGCUGGCCUUGAACAAGUUGGGAAUUGGUGCUGAACACAAAAAUGUUACAAAUUUAGACAAAUAUUUGAGAUCACUUUCGAGGUCCCCCUCUUAUCCAUCUAGACAUGAAAGGCAGCAGUCAGAAGAUACUCGAGGCCUACACACUGAUGAUGAGACUACCAAGUUAUUCCUUGCGAAAACAGUACCAACAAGUACUGAAUUCCCACAUGGACCACUUAAACUCAGCUGGCCAAAACCACUACCAGUGUUACCUAUUUUGUUCAAUGAUGGUCAAAAAAGUAUGACUAAAGGGAACUCUGUUGCAUCAGAUAUGAAAAAGGAUGAAGUUGGAGAAUUUUCUGAUGACAUACAUUCUCUGCUUUCAAAGGAAAAGCAGAAAGAUGACAGGCUGAAACAAUCCUGUGCACGUCUUUCACCUAUUGACAUUAAGAGAACUGCUCAACAAAAACCAAGAAAAAGAAGUCUACCUUUAGUGAAUGAAGGAUAUGAAAUUAACCCGGAACUAUCAACUAGGUCAGUUACCAAGUUCAAUGAAGAGCGAGAACUCCCACGAAAAUCAAAACACUUGGCCUUUGCCCCAUUAGAUAAAUUUCAAAAAUAUACUAGAACGAAACCAUUAAAUAAAAGCAAGGAAACUAGCCUGCAGUCGGUAAAAUUACGUUCUUUUUUGUCACUUAGAGCACAAGAACAUACAUCAGACCUUUUAGCUGAAAGGCAGCAUCUUAUAUUGGAACCACCAGCUGAAUCACAAAAAGAGCUUGAGCAUAAACCAACAACAAUGAAUUGUUUGCUGGAUGACAAAUAUGGGAAUACCGAUCAAGAUUUAUUCCCCACAUCUUUUUUAACACUCACAAAUCAAGUAAGAGAAGCACAGUGUAUCCCAAGCAUUUAUGAAUACAUGUCUGGCAUUCCAUAUGGGAGAUUGGCUGAUAUGUAUUCUCUUAGUUCUCAUAUUUUAGGUAAACCUCAGGAAUCACACCUUGAGAGAGAGAUCUUGGCUAUGAGAGAGAAUUAUAUGAAUAACAGCUUAAAUUUUCAGAUUAGCAAUAUCCUUGCUCUUAGGUCAUGCACAGCUCGAAUGGCAUCGUCAUCUACAUGCCCCAGUUUUAAUCAUAAUAAGGUUAAUGUUGAUUAGCCCAAGGCAGAGAAGUGCUGUAACACAAUUUUGUAAUUUGUAGCUUCCAUCAGUUUUAUAUACAUGAACAAUUAAAACUGGAUUUCUAGCAUUCUAUGUUUCUGUUAUUGGUACUGUAUUACAAUAGUUGUAUUACUGUUGAACUGUAUUUUGUCAGUGCUAGAAAGACAGCUCUAGUGUGAUCUCAAACUUUAAUUGUAAUAUUGUAAUAUUUAAGAGAACUUAUUACAUUGUUGUCUUAUAUUUAGUACUGUACUGUGUAUUAAAGCUUCAUAGUGAUGUAUUUUAACAUCAGUAUAUGUAUCAAUGUGUUCAGAUAGACUUUCCAGAACAUUAGAGAGGAAUACAGUAUGUAUAAAUUAUGAUACUGUGUAGACUAGAUUCUACAGUCAGCAAAAAAAAAUUAUUUACUCAUGACAAAAAGUUGGUAACUAUGUAGGUUGUGGAGGAAUGGUUGUUUCUUUAUAUGGCAGUUGAAAUGUGUACAGUAUUUUAAAAAAUAGUUAAAAUUUCUAUCAAUUGUUAACUGAAAUCUAUACGCUUUCCCCAAAUUAUUCCAAAAUAUUUAGUUCUGUACCUUAUACAACAAAUACUAACAUAUCAGCAUGAGAAAAUGUGGCCAAAAGUAUGAUGUGUAAUGGUACAUAAUGUCCUUGUGGCUAAAUGGGGUAAAAAUUUUAUUUGAAAAAUAUACUGUAUUUAAAGAUAUUACCCAUGGUAUGCUAGAUGUCACUGCCCAACUCCCGACCAUAUAAAUGCUGCCUAGAAUGGUAGAGGCACCAAAAUUGUUGUAUGACAGUGCUAUUUUGCACCUUCAGUAUUUCUAUGAAAAUGUUCUUUACUUCAGUACUAUGUGGUCACUUUUGUUGGUUAAAAAAUUGGUGGUAUCUAAAUUUAAAAUGAAAGUGCACUGCAGUGGAGUGAGAUUUUAUAAUGGUCCAAAAUGGAGCAAAAAUUGUAAUUUAAUUUUUUAAUUUUCCAUGAAUGCAUUCUAGACCAAAAUAGGGGGAUUAUAGUAAAUAUAUGUAAAUUUUAAAGUUCAAGAGAAUGUAAAUUCAAUAAUAUAUUUUUGGCUUGGUGAUAUAUUUUAAUGUGUUCCAGUUAUUUGUGAUAAUGUUUACUUUAUGAUACUGGUAUAUUUUAUCAUAUAAAUUAAAACAAAUCUGUGAUAAUAUUCUUUAAUUAUUUUUAAUUUGUGAAUUUAUAGCGAAAUUCAAUAUUAAAUACAGCGCUGUUACUGUGAUUUUUAGUGUAAGGAUUGUGAAAUUAUUGCUUGAAAGACUGACCUUGUACAGUAUAUCGGAGAAAAAAUAUUCUACCAUAAUAUAUUUUGAAAAUGCUAUAAGGUCUGUAUACAGUAUUUGAUGUUAAUAUUUAAGAAACUAUAGGUAUCUUUAUGUAUCUCAAUGUGCAGGCCUCUCUACAAAAAAUAUAUCAUUGUUAGAUGAAUAUUUUAUCAAAUAGCAUAUAUUACAUUAAAAAGUGCAGAUUAAGAGCCCUGAAUACAUUAGAAGACUUUCUAAUACCAUCAGGAAUCAUCUGUGCUACAGUAUUAUAUUUUUUACAUCAGUAAAUAGAUGUAAUUACUGUAAUACUACUGCUAUUUUACAUACAAACUUUUAACACGUUCAUGAUGGUGUGCUCCACUGGUGGUACAGUAUGGGUUUCUUAUAAAGCUGUUGGUACACCUAGAAUGAUAACAUCCCUACAUCCAUAGUAGCAAUAUUAAAUCCCCAGAAAUAAACAUUUGUUUGUGCUGAAUUAGAAGCAGUUCAAAACAGUUCACGUGUUUGUACCACUGGUGGACACUAACAGCUGCAUGAGAAACCUGUAAUGUAGAAUAUGACCAAUGGUGCACACUGUGGUGGAGGCAGGCUUCAUGUACAGUUUCAAAUGUAGAUUUGAUAGUCCAAUAAGCUGCAGAAUCUGUACACCAGUUGAGAGGACAAAAGAGCCAAAGCUCAACUCCCGCAAGCACAACUAGGUGAUUACUGUCAUGAAAGUGAUGAUGGAUUAUUGUAAUACUGUAAUUAUUUCCAAUAUGUUUAAUACUUUCUAAGUAUUAAACAGCAUAAUAUUCACUAUGCUAAGCAUUCAUUUUUAAACAAGAUGCUUGAAUAUUUUUUCAUUUAAUUCAUUUAUGCUUAUAAUAAAACCCUUUGCUAAAAAACAUUGACUUUGUAGAUUGUGUUUAAAUAAGAUUUAUAGUGAUCUACAAAGUUAUGUGUAGAUUAUAUAGUAUCUACAAAGUUAUGUAGAUUAUAUACUGCAUCUACAAAGUUACGUGUAGAUUAUAUACUGUAUCUAGAAAAUGUUAAUAGGUAAACUGAGAUAAUUCAUAAACUCUUGAUAAUGGGAAUCAUAUAUAUAGCAUCUUCAAAAUUCUGAGCCUAAUCCUGUAUAUAGAAAUAUUUGUUGUCUUUUCUAGUACUUGAGAUUUUGUUGUUUAAUAUUUUGAGUGCAACAAUCGAAGAAUGUCGCCAAAUUCAUAAAAUCCCGCUGAACUGUUUUGAUGCAUUCGGUUACAUAUUUGAAAAUUGGAACUGGUGAGCAGCGGUUCUCACAAUUGGGGAUCCUGGGUUCAAUUCUCGGACAAGACAUAAAUGGAUGGACACAUUUUAUUUCACCUAAUGCUAUUGUUCAGAUAGCAGUAAAUAGGUACAGUACCUGGGAGUUAGACUCUUGGGGGGUUGCAUCCCAAAAAAAGAACUCUCCAGUUCUAUUAACCACGGCAGUACAAUUCCUGUACAGAGAUUGGCAAAAUUCUGCAUGGUAUAUAUAUUUUUCAAACUCUGCUGCUUCCACCAUUCUUCCUAUUGGAUGCAGUCACUUUCACAUUCAGGUGUACCCAGCCUGAAUCAUGUUGCUGAUUCCCAGCAUCAUGUGUGCUUGUAAACUAAAUUAUUAGUUUUGAGGUAUCAUUUGCCAUUCUGGUGUAAUUGGCUUUAGUUUACUUCAGGCCCAGUCUAAUUCUUAUUGUAGGUUUGCAGGGCAGAGACAAAGUGCAGUUCCUUUGCUCCAGGUGUACACAUGUCAAAGGCCUGAGCCAUACUAGUCUGCUUUCCCACUACAAAUGGGUGGGGGGUUACUGGAAUAAGAAUACAAGUGCAACUCAAGAAACCUUAACUCAACAUUUCACCAAGAUUCUCAAGAGCAUUGCUAGAGGAAAAAAAAAAAGAUUAUUUCAGUAAAUUUAUUGAUACAGUAUAUUUUAUUCUGCACUGUACUUGAUUGCUUCUUGUACCAUUCUGUAAAAUUAGUUCAUACAAAUAUUUAUUUUAUUUCCUGAUCUCUGCUCGAGUGAAUUGUGAAUAUACAGGUACAGUACAUAGUAGUUUAAAUGUACAGAACAGUAUUUUAAUUUAUGUGUUUUUAUAGCUACUGUACUGUACUCAAGAUGACUUUGUGUAUUUACCUUGUAUAGGUUAUUACAAAUUUGUUUAGAAACAAAAUAUUUAAUGAGCUAGUGUGGGGGAAGCAGUGUAUUGUGACCUCAAGCCUUCAUCAUGGAAAAUAAAUUACAAAGCAACCAGUGUGCAUAAUGGGAUAAAUAAAAUUUCAGCAUAAAGGAACUAUACUAAUUUAUUUUUCUCAACACAUUUUUUCAGCAUUGGUUAUUAUAAUACAUUAAUUGACAAUGUUCUUCCCUUCCCUUCCUCCUUAUUUCUGCAUGUUGCAACACUUUGGUCAUCUAUUGUAGUGCAACAGUAUGCUAACAUUUAGUAGAUGUUUCAAGUUUCAGGCUGUUACGGCUGAUCACACACUGUAACCAGUUUCUUCCCUUACCAGUAAGUUUCCUUUGCAUUUGACAACGUAAAUGUACCACAAUUGUUUCCGACAGCGUGACAGAUUUUAGAGUUUGAGCUAUGUUAGAGGGUGAAGUUGAAUUCAACUUAAUAAAUCUGAACAGUGAGGUGCUUCUGUGUAGAAAAACAAAUAUAGAUAAUUCCAAGCUUUUGAUUUUUUGUAAUGCCUUAAAAAAAAUUUCAGCAGUAGUGUACAUAUCUGUAACAAACUAUAAAAUGAUCUACAAAUACAGUAUGCUUCAUUUCUAUAUAAUUAGUAUUGUUGAUGCAGUCUAUGCCAAUACACAGUCUUACAAUUAGUGAGUGAAAGUGCCUUUCAUAAUGAUACAAGU